AUGACGCGCGCCGAGGCGAAGGUGAUCAUACGAGAGCUGGAGCAGAUGGACCUCACGAACCAGCAGAAGCCGUCAAGUCGCGCGCGGCGCCCUCUCCAGCCAUUCGCAGCUUCUCGGCGGCGCCCAGAGGCGAUCGGCGUGAUCGGCGGUCGCGGCAAGCCGUCGCUCCCUCGCGAAAGCUUCUUCGCGAACGGGACUCGCAUCGCCGACCGUCCAGGCUCCUGCCGAUGGUUUUCUGUCGCUGCAGGCCGUCCAGCAGCAGCGCAGGCCUCUGCCCGUCGCGUCUCUGAACAUAUCCGUGCACAUUCCUGUCCUUGA